CUUGGAAAGCACAACAAUCCAUCACUUAAUAGCUGAUCCAAACACCUUGAGCAAAGAUUAUUUCAUGAAACUUGUGGUGGAGAAAAAAAAAGAGAUAUGUGGGGCCCCCUCCAAUCUUAUUUGCAACGCUACAAAGCCACGCUUUGGAUAUCAUUUGUGGUGUGGACUGUUGCUUAUUCCCUCAUGACCAAUUGAGUUUGUUUGUUGAGUGGUGUGAUAGAAUAAUAUAUGGAGAUUGCAGUGGGAAGAGGUUUCCAAGUUGUGACAUUAUUGCCGAGUUCAUCUAUUCAUGGAAAGAGUAUACGUAAAACUUGUGUAACUGUAAAAGGCAUUAAUUGGAGUAGUGCUAGAACAGGACAUUCUCUAACACCAUGCAUAACGGUGGUUCAAGCUCAGCGAAGGCCAACAUGGCUUCCUGGCCUUGACCCUCCGCCUCAUCUUGAUGGAACUCUUGCCGGAGAUUUUGGUUUUGAUCCACUAGGACUUGGAGAGGAUCCUGAAAGUUUGAGAUGGUAUGUACAAGCAGAACUUGUUCAUGCCCGCUUUGCCAUGGCUGGGGUUGCUGGAAUUCUUUUAACAGAUUUGCUUCGUGUGACUGGAAUAAGGGACUUGCCAGUGUGGUAUGAAGCAGGAGCUACAAAAUUUAACUUUGCCAGCACAACAACUCUGCUCAUUAUUCAACUAUUAUUGAUGGGGUUCGUUGAAACAAAAAGGUAUAUGGAUUUUCUUGAUCCUGGCUCUCAAGCAAAACCUGGAUCCUUUUUUGGACUAGAAGCUGCACUCGAAGGCCUUGAACCAGGGUAUCCAGGUGGCCCUUUGUUGAAUCCUCUUGGAAUUGCAAAAGAUAUCAAGAAUGCUGAAGACUGGAAACUGAAAGAGAUUAAAAACGGACGCCUAGCUAUGGUAGCUAUGCUUGGUAUCUUCGUCCAGGCUUCUGUUACUCAUGUUGGUCCUAUCGACAAUCUGAUCGAGCAUCUCUCCAAUCCAUGGCACAAAACCAUUCUUCAAACCAUUGCUGCAUCGAGUUCUUGAUUGUUGGAGUUUGUUUAAAACAUGACAUACUUGAAUGUUUUCAUACAAAGGUCAUUCAGUAAGAAACCUUGUAUAAGAAACUUAUGUGUAUUUCAACCAUGUCCUUCCAUUUCUUACUAUAUAAUAAUAGUAGGACAUAUAGAGAA